CUAGGCCACACCCCCAUCUGCAUUUCAGAAUCAGGAGCUGUACCAUCGAGUCUCAGUACGUUACUGGUGUGACAAGUGCUCUGGAAUAUGGAAUUACACUUAACGGAAAAAGCUGUCUGCGUGGAGAAACGUUCAUUUUUUCACAAGAAGAAGCGUUUGGUGUUGAUCUUCCUGCUCUUUCUUUUGCUCUUUCUGAGUCACCUGAUCAGCAAGCUUGGUUGGUGGCAAGUAAAACCCCUUUACAUCAACCAAGACACCAGCGGUAAUGGAAGCAACUUUAUCAUCCUUGUGUGGUACUGGCCGUUCGGUGUCAGAGACACCCUGGAGGGGGACGUGUGCAUGGACCAUUACCACAUUCCAGGCUGCCAUCUGAUGGAUCAGAGGAGCCUGUACCACCAGGCGAACGCUGUGAUCUUCCACCACCGAGAACUGCAGCAGAGGCUCCAGGUCCUCCCCCUUGACUUGCUCCGCCCCCCACACCAGAAGUGGACCUGGCUCUCCCUGGAGUCCCCAGAGAAUAGUGGGGACCUGAGUCACUACGGCAAUGUGUUCAACUGGACCAUGACGUACCGCCGUGACGCCGACAUCCCUAUACCCUAUGGGGAGCUCAUUAGGAAACAGGCUAUGAAGUCUAGUUUUGACAGCAUAGAGGACUUCAUUACACCGAAUAAAUCUACAUUGGUCUGCUGGGUGGUCAGUAACUUCAAUGACCACCAUAAGAGAAGCCAAGUAUACAAAGCCCUGAUAAAGACCAUUCCAGUAGAAGUGUACGGGAAAUGGAACAAUAGGCCACUAGCCAAUGAAAAACUCCUGCCCACCAUGUCACACUGUUACUUCUAUCUCUCCUUCGAGAACUCUCUCUCCAAGGACUACAUUACAGAGAAGCUCUGGCACAAUGCCUAUAUGUCAGGGGCGGUGCCUGUGGUGUUAGGUGCAUCAUUGGAGGAUUACAAGGCAGUGGCCCCACCCAACUCCUUCAUCCAUAUUGAUAAUUUUACAUCAGUGGAAGAGUUAGGGAUUUACCUUCGAAAUUUGUCUCAAAACCAACAGGAAUACGCAAGUUAUCAGGCUUGGAGACGGGACUAUAAGGUGAAACGUUUAGCAAGUUGGGUCGAAAGGUUCUGUAGGAUCUGUUUAUACCAUCACAAUCUGUCUGCACAGACAGUUUACCCAGAUCUUGAAGCUUGGGUAAGAGGGUAACUGUUACCAAAUCAGUUGCAUCUUUGAAUCUUUAUUCAACUUCUUCUAUUUCUUCCGUGACACCUUUCAGCGCCUUCAAAUCUUCAGCUAUUAAAACCGUUCAGCUGUCAAAAAAGACCUAUGACUGCUAUGACUCUUCUUUUAACUUCAACUUUCAAAUCCUUCUUCCUUUCAGCUACAGCCACUUUGCUUUUUGAUAUCAAUUCAACUUUUUUCAAUAUCACUGAUUGUUUCAUGAGUUUUUCAAACCGUUUCUGAGAUUUACAUGGGUGUGUAUGUGGAGAGCCUAGAGUGCUGACUUAAAGGCUUAGAGUGGAGGGGAGCUUUGAAAUCAGUUUCAAAAAUAAUUUCUAGUUUGCCAGCAUUGCCACAAUUUUCACUCUUAAUGCUUCAUUUUUGGAU